AUGGCAGUGGGGUUACGGCCGGAUAGCCCUACAGAAUCGGGUGUUUUAGCGGGUGCUGCCUCAAAAAGCCUUUUGCCGAUUGAAAUGGAGAUUGAUGGGGAGACUCAGGAGAGGUCAACUCGGCAUUCUGCAUUUACCAACACCAGUUCGAACGAAGUUGUGGAAAAUGUCGCUAUUUCGUCGAAACGCCGCCGAAGGCGCAUAUUACUGUCGACGGAAAGCGUCUUUGUCGAUAACAUACUACCCUCCCUUCUCCAGAACCCCGAUGUCGAACUACGGCUGAUCACGGACGAGCCUUCGGCCCUCUUGGCAGGCGCAAACAAGAUACCUCACUACAUGGAUACUGUCGAUAGUCAAACAUUUGAGAAGAAGACCGGUGCACGAAGGUGGCUUAAGGCCAAGGCAGCAGAGCUCAGUGAGUGGGCUGAUAUGCUCCUUGUUGCCCCUAUCGAUGCUGGAACAUUGGGGUCGAUGCUAUUUGGCCUCACCAACACCUUGACGCUGGCGCUUCUUCGUGGCUGGAUUUCAACAAAACCUGUCAUUCUUGUACCGGGAAUGACUGUUUCGGAGUGGGAACAUCCUCUUAGCAGUAGACAGCUGGCAGAAGUCGAUCGAUAUUGGCCUUGGAUCAACAUUGUCAAGCCAGCCCUCUGGCGGUCAAAUGGACCCGAGGAACUUGUUCAAUUACCUUGGGAUGGUCUAGGAGAGUUACACAAUACUAUGGAGCGGACCCUAGGGCUGUCUUUCGCUGAGUCUUCGACAAUUUCUGGGCAGGCUCUCGAUAGCACACAGCAAGUAGUCCCGUCAGCGACCAAACAGUCCGCGAGUGCAAUGUCAGCGGCACAGCAUCUGCGGAAGGGCGCGCGAUCACUACCUCUCGAGUUAUGGCUCAACAUAUUCGAAGAACAGUUGCAAGAUUGGGAAAUCGCCAAAGCAGUUGGCAUUCCUACAAACCUUCCUGUACCUAAGGAAUGGCAAUCUCACCUACUCAAGAUGUCUACUCCCGCAUCUCUGGAAUACACAAUCCUAAGAGGGUCCUUUGCUGCUAUCAAAAAGCGCAUAGACAGCUUACCCCGGUGGAAACCGCUGUCAGACCUAGCCUGCCACCUCAUCUUCAAGUUCUCGCGAACCGACGUACUGUCAUAUUUGACAGAGAACCAUCUUGAUAUGCUAUGGACUACAUCCCGCCUAACAAAACUGCCGUACCGCGCGUCGGCAAUAUACGGAAACCCGAAGGUCUUGACGUGGUGGCAGGAGACACCUGCGCUGCCGAAUAAGGAUUACAGCGCCGAUGCGAUGGAUGGAGCCUCUCGCGCCGGCUUCGUCGAGGUGCUCGAAUGGUGGCGAACAUCGGGACUCGAAUUACGGUAUACGGAGAGAGCACUCGAGUCGGCCAGUGCCGAGGGUCGGGUAGCGGUGCUUGAAUGGUGGAAGAAUGCCUCUGCUAAUGCUCCACCAUCGAAUCCUAUUCCGCUUAAAGUAGGGAAAUCUGUUUUACUCGCUGCACAGUCUGGUCGAGUGGAGUCUCUAGCUUGGUGGGAUGCUUCGGGCAUUCCUUAUAGUCACGCAGAGUCCGUUGCCCGCAUUGCCAGCACUCACGGCCAUGUCCAUGUCCUCGAUUUCUGGUACCGGCUAAAGGGACCCAAGAUGAUCUUCGACAGCCAGCUGUUAGUUGGGCCGACCAAGAAUGGACAUGACAAUGUUCUAGAAUGGUGGCGCCGCAGUGGUCUGCGAGUCGAGUUCAAAACAUGCGACAUUGAAGAAGCCCUCGAGGAUGCGGACCCAGUCUCUGGCGCCGAGGGCCGUGUCCGCCGGUGGUGGGCUCGCAACGGGCUUAACCUGGGCGUUGGAACAAGCGAAUGGAUGAAAACAAAAGUCCUGUGA